UCCCGCGCACAGCUCCGCGGAGCCGUCUAAUUUUAGCGCAUGCCGUAUUGCUAUGAAAAGCGAAUGAAGGCAUUUGGUGGUGAAAAAGUUACUGUCACUUUCCACCAUCUGAAUUUCACAGAUUUGUUUUUGUUUUCACACGGAGCGUGGAAUGUGUAAGAAGAAGGUCAGAAGCGAACAUAAGCGGAGACUAUAGCCUAGUCAUAAGACUUUUUUCCGACGGAAUGCUUCUCUGUAUCGAUGCGGGAAUUUAACCAGGUUGCGAAAUAACUUUCAGAUGACACAAGGCUGUGAUUGAGGGUGGAGGUUACCGCACUUGUUUUCUGUCGUAUCGGAUUUUGAAGGCUCUAUGGAGGGAUGUCGCGAUGACUUGCACCAGGAGAACCAAAACUUUGGUGUCUACAUGUGUGAUCCUGAGUGGUAUGACCAAUAUCGUGUGCCUACUCUAUGUCGGUUGGGUUACUAAUUACAUCGCCAAUGUGUACAUCAAAGUUCCAGAACCUGUCCCGGAGAAAAAGUUAGAAGAGGACAACAAGGGGGAAACUUUGAGGAUUAUAGAAAGGCUCGAUCGGCUCGAGAACGUAAUCAACCAACAUAUACAAGAGACCCCGCCAAAGGGGGGGGACAAUGCAGCAGCCGAAUCCUUCUCUGACUCCUCCCUCUUCGCUCACUGGGGUCAAGACCUGAGCCCGGAAAGCCGCAGGGUCGCACUGAAGAAGUUCCAGUACUACGGCUACAACGGCUACCUCAGCGACCGCCUCUCUCUGGACAGGCCAAUCCCAGACCUGAGGCCUGAUGGGUGCAAAAACAUCUCGUAUCCCACGAAUCUCCCCCAAGUCAGCAUCGUGUUUAUUUUCGUGAAUGAGGCACUGUCAGUCAUCCUGCGUUCCAUCCACACCGCCAUCCAGAGGACUCCGUCACACCUCCUCAAAGAGAUCAUCCUGGUCGACGACAACAGCAACAAUGAGGAGCUGAAGGAGAGUCUUCUGGACUUUGUGGAAGAGACCAACUCACAACGGCCUGGCUUCAUCAAGGUGGUGCGCCACUCUAAGCAGGAAGGGCUCAUCCGGUCCCGGGUCAGUGGGUGGAGGGCCGCCACCGCCCCUGUUGUGGCACUCUUCGACGCCCACGUGGAGUUCAACACCGGAUGGGCCGAACCGAUCCUCACGAGAAUUAAGGAGGACCGAACGCGAAUAAUUUCCCCAUCGUUCGACAACAUCAAGUAUGACACCUUCGAGAUUGAGGAGUACCCGCUGUCCGCGCAAGGCUUCGACUGGGAGCUGUGGUGCCGCUACUUGAACCCGCCCAAGUCCUGGUGGAACCAGGCCAACACCACUGCUCCAAUCAGGAGCCCAGCUCUCAUUGGCUGCUUCGUGGUGGACAGGCAGUACUUUGAGGAGAUCGGCCUGCUGGAUGAGGGAAUGGAGGUGUACGGGGGAGAGAACGUCGAGCUGGGCGUCAGGGUGUGGCAGUGUGGGGGCAGCGUGGAGGUCCUGCCCUGCGCCCGGAUCGCCCACAUCGAGAGGGCUCACAAACCCUACACGGAGGACCUGACAGCACACGUGCGCAGGAAUGCUCUGAGGGUGGCCGAGGUGUGGAUGGACGAGUUCAAGAGCCACGUCUACAUGGCCUGGAACAUUCCUCAGGAGGAUUCAGGGAUUGACAUUGGAGAUAUCUCUGAGAGGAAGGCCUUAAGGAAGAGACUGCAGUGUAAGACAUUUCGGUGGUACCUGGUGAACGUCUACUCAGAGAUGAGAAUGUAUACGGACACCAUUGCCUAUGGAGUGCUGAAGAACUCCCUCAAGAGUGACCUGUGCCUGGAUCAAGGGCCGGACACAGACAACGUGCCCAUCCUGUACAUCUGUCACGGGAUGACACCCCAGAAUGUGUACUAUACCAGCACUCAGUGGCUGCACGUGGGGGUCCUGAGCCCUACCAUAGACGAUGACGACAACAAGUGCCUGGUGGACGUCAACAGCAGGCCACGGCUCAUCGAGUGCAGCUACGCCACAGCUAAGCGGAUGAAGCUACACUGGCUGUUUACUCAGGGAGGCUCCAUCCAGAACAGGAAGUCGAAGCGAUGCCUUGAGCUGGUGGAGAGCAGUGAGAGUGAGUUUGGAUACCAGCUGGCCCUCCAGAAGUGCACUGGUCAGACGUGGACAAUCACCCACCUGCUGACGGGCAGCUCUUUAUGAUGGGAUCUGAAGACCUGCCAAAGUACAACACUGGAACAGACAGCGACCAGACUGAAUGCUUUAAAGCCUCCUUAGGGAAAAGAUGAGAAACGCGUGAUGUCCACAGAGAUACUUCAAGCACCUCGAUGUCUCUCCCUUUCACCAGACGACGACAUCAUCAGACAAAUGUUAAACAUUUUGUCCUAGCUACACGUGCUUAUGAAGCAGCCUGCCGAUUGACUUAAACAAAACUGCGUUUCGGGAUAAAUUUUGUGCAAAGUAUCCUUGGUUCCUCAUUGACUUGAGCAUUGUGCUUGACCCAAAACACUUGUAUUGUACUUUGUACAGUUUUGCUACUGUGUAGCAAGCAUUUGCAAA